AUGACCCCCCUCCGCCGCUACACAACAGUCUCCAUCCCCGCCUCCUACGGCCGCCUCGACUCCGGCCCCUCCCCGGGCACAGUAGUAGGGAUCGUCCUCGGCAGCGUCGCAGGCUUCAUCUUCCUGCUGUACCUCGCCUACCUCGGCCUCGGGCUCAACAACAAACCCCCCGACGACGUGGAAGUCACGACCGUGUCGACGUCGACGGAGUCCGCGCUGGCGAGGCGGGCGCGUCGCGCGCGCCGGGGCGGCGGCGGGAGAGUCGAGGUCGUGGAGGAGCGGCGCGGACGGCAUCCUGACGAUCAUGGGGAUAAUAUUGUGGUGGAGGAGUCGGUGACGUCUGCGUCGAGGACGGAUGAGGGGGAUGUGGUAGAGGUUUUUGAGGAGCAUUCUUCUGUGGAUGGGCCGGUGGCGCCGGCGCGGUCGAGGUCGAGGAGGAGUCGGGUGUCGGGGUCUUAUCGGACGGUUGAUCCGUAUGAGUAUGGGGGUGGGAGUUCGUAUGAUGGGCGGUGA